AUGCCGUCCUUGCAUAUCUACGAGAAUGCGUCUUUCCCCGAAGCACAAGGUCUCAUCUACGACGAAUCCGAAAUGGCGCUCUUCCGCGCAAAGCUCUCCUACCAAUCAACCAUUGACGCCCGCAUGGCAUCGAAAGACCCCAACCUGGCAGCAAUCGCGGAGACCCAGGCCCGUAUCCUCAAGCGCUGGGAAAUGCUGAAACACAUAGACAAGGAGGCGACGGACAAUGGGACGCUAAAUCCGACAAUAAAGGGAGAACUGAAACAACUCCCUUGGAGAUAUAAGGAGCUGGAGAAGAAAGCAACGGAGACCGGGGCUUGA